AUGAUGUUUGUUCGUAGAGUUGUGUCGAGCUAUGGUGGUGUAGUUACGAAAAUGUUUGAUUCGCCAAUCAGGCGUAGUUUUACAUGUGGUCGUAUUUCAAAAUCUUAUGAAGAAGAUAGUGUUGUUCUCAGUGAAAUUUCUAAGAGUAUCUCAUCGGCAGAUACUGAGUCCUUAGUCCGAAUGAGAAACAUUGGUAUUUCGGCCCAUAUAGACUCUGGUAAGACUACCUUCACUGAGAGGGUCUUGUUUUAUACUGGAAGAAUUAAUUCGAUUCAUGAGGUCAGAGGCAGGGACAAAGUCGGUGCAACCAUGGAUUCAAUGGAAUUGGAAAGGGAAAAAGGUAUUACGAUACAGUCAGCUGCAACUUAUUGCAACUGGCAGAAAGAAGACAAGAACUACCAUUUUAAUUUAAUUGACACUCCUGGCCACAUUGACUUUACUAUUGAAGUUGAAAGAGCGCUGAGGGUUCUUGAUGGCGCAGUGUUGGUUGUAUGUGCUGUUGCUGGUGUACAAUCACAAACUGUUACUGUAGAUCGUCAGAUGCGCCGUUAUGAUAUUCCUCGAAUAACAUUUAUUAACAAAAUGGAUCGCAUGGGUGCAGACCCUUUCAAAGCUAUUGACCAAAUUAAUUCAAAGCUAAAAAUCCCUGCAGCAGCUAUUCAAGUCCCUAUAGGAAACGAAAAAGAUUUGAAAGGUGUGGUUAAUAUAAUUGAUCGCCUGGCCCUCUAUAAUGAAGGAAAUCAAGGUGAGACUCUAAGGGUGUCUGACAUCCCUCCUGAGUUGAAAAAUUUGGUAGAGGAAAAGCGUAAAAUAUUGAUUGAGACAUUGGCAGACGUAGAUGAUGAGAUUGCUGAAUGUUUUAUUGAGGAAGUUGAUCCCACUGUCGAGCAGAUCAAGAAUGCAAUUCGUCGUUCAACAAUUUCAAGAAAGUUCACUCCGGUUCUCAUGGGUUCAGCCUUGGCUAAUACGGGAAUUCAGCCGGUUUUGGAUGCUGUCGUUGAUUAUUUGCCUAACCCCGCUGAAGUUUUGAAUACUGGUUUAGAUAUUUCCAACAAUGAAAUGAAAGUGAAUCUAGUACCAUCUUCCAAAGAGCCUUUCGUAGGCUUGGCUUUCAAACUGGAGGAGGGAAAGUAUGGGCAGCUAACCUACCUUCGUGUGUAUCAAGGAAAACUUAAAAAGGGUGGGUAUAUUAGCAAUGUGAAGGAUGGAAAGAAGAUUAAAGUUGCUCGUCUUGUGCGAAUGCAUGCCGAUGACAUGGAAGAUGUAGAUUCUAUUGGUGCUGGUGAAAUUUGCGCCACAUUUGGUAUAGACUGUGCAUCAGGUGACACUUUCACCGAUGGCUCAUUAAAGUACGCUAUGAGUUCUAUGUAUGUUCCAGAUGCUGUUGUGUCGCUUUCAAUUUCGCCAAAGACUAAAGAUGUAGCAAACUUUUCCAAAGCAAUGAAUAGAUUUCAAAAAGAGGAUCCAACUUUUCGUGUGAAAUUUGACUCUGAAUCUAAGGAGACUAUCAUAUCAGGUAUGGGUGAGUUGCACCUGGAAAUUUAUGUGGAAAGAAUGAAGAGAGAGUAUAACGUUGAAUGCUCGACAGGAAGGCCUCAAGUGUCUUAUCGAGAGUCUAUACAAGGAUCUUCUUCAUUUGACUACACGCACAAGAAACAAUCAGGUGGUGCUGGUCAAUUUGCUCGAGUUAUUGGUGAAAUGACUGCUGAAACACAACCAAGAAAUGUAUUUGAAACCAAGGUUGUUGGAGGAAGAAUCUCUGAAAAGUUUUUGCAAGCGUGCGCCCGAGGGUUCGAAGAGGCCUGUGAAAAGGGACCUUUGAUUGGUCACAGGGUCAUAGGAGUGAAUAUGCUAAUCAACGACGGUGCUACACACGUGGUUGAUUCUAAUGAAAUGUCUUUCAAGACGGCAACCCAAGCUGCUUUUAAACAAGCCUUCCAAAACAGCAACCCAGUCAUUCUGGAGCCAAUCAUGAACACGGCUGUCACAGCCCCUGCAGAGUUUCAAGGCUCUAUUAUCAGUUUACUGAACAAGCUUCAGGCCAUUAUUCAGGAUACUGAGAAUUCAGCUGAAGAGUUUACGGUGACAGCGGAUUGUUCGUUGAAUGAACUUUUCGGGUUUGCUUCUUCUCUUCGUGCAGUCACCCAAGGUAAGGGUGAGUUCUCUAUGGAGUUCAAAGAAUACCAGCCAUGUCCGCCUCAAUUGCAAAGGCAGCUGAUCGAAGAACACAACAAGAAAGGUAAGAAAUAG